AUGCGCACUGGGGCAGAGGUUCUUUUCAACAAGACGUGGGCUGAAUACGAACAAGGCUUUGGGAAUUUACAGAAGGACCACUGGCUGGGUCUGAGUAAGGUGUUUGCUCUAACCAAGAAGGGCAGGGGGCGGAGUUCGACUAUGCGGGUCAACCUGUGGGACUUUGAAGGGGGCACUGCCUUUGCUGAGUACCGUGACUUCCGUCUGGGCACGGAGAAGGAGAGCUACAAGCUGAACGUUGGAGCCUACAGGGGCAACGCAGUCAAUACAAUCAAGAGUGAAGUAGAACUGCAGUAUUCUCUCUUCCUCCCUCCCUGUCUCUCCGUAGGUGAUGCCAUCCGUGGGAAAUACACCGGCAUUGACCAGAACGGCUUUGGCUUCAGCACAACCGACAAGGACAACGACGGCUGCUCACCCUGCAUCUUUGGCGACAUCGCCGUGGACAAGUGCAGCUUCUUGGAGGGAGGAGGAGGGUGGUGGUACAGUCGCUGUGGCUCUGCCAGCCUGAACGGUGACUGGCACCCCGCCAGCGAACACAUCGGCUGGAUCUCUGGCCUCCACUGGGCGACCUGGAAAGGACCUGUCCAGUACUCGGCCCAAGCCAGCCGCAUGAUGAUCAAGUCCGUGUGAAAGAAGAUUAUUACAGCAAACUAAUACAAAAACGAAUCAUUAAAAAAAAUCGUAAAUUUAAAUAAAACAAUUAACAAGGCAAGGUUUGACAAACAAAACUAUACUGAAACUAUUAUCUUUAACUUACUAAAAUAACAUAAAAACACUUGACCAGUUAAAAGGUCUAUAAGCACAACAUGGUCACAGUCACCAUGUUUUCAGUGAAGAGAAGUUUUAUUUGUUGCACUGCGACAAAUCUGCAUAUCUAAUGUGAACAGUUUAAAUAGUUUGACAUAACUUAUAGUCUUGAAUGUUGAUAUUGUAUGCGUUUUCAACUAUAAUUAUCUUUAGAAUAUUUGUUUAGCACACACUUGGCCCAUACAUACUUUGCCCAAGUUCAGACACCAUUAUUUUGCCCUGUAAACAUGAUUGAAUUCACACAUUCAAAGCUCUGUGUUUAAAGUGAAAUAAAAAGUUGUACUCAUUGCAUAUUAAAUCAAUCAUUGUUUAUCAUCAUAGAGUAAAUAGGUUGUUGUUCU